AUGUCAAAGAUGCAAGUAUACUCCUUUGUCGGCUCCCAAUGGGCCGGCGUCGCGCAUCUCGCCCUGGCCGAAAAGGGCUUCACCCCAGGCACCGACUACGAUAUCCAGGAAAUCGAUCUCGGCAACGCCGACAACUUCUCCCCGGCCUACCUCGCCAUCAACCCCAACGGCACCGUCCCGUCUCUCACGGCACCAUCUCUGGCCUCGCCUCUGACCUCUAGCAUCGACAUCCUGCGCCACCUCGACUCUCUCAGCCCCGACGCGCAUCCCCUCGUGCUUCGCGACAACAGCAACAACAACAGCGACCGCGCCCAGCAGAUCAUCGACCUCGUCCACUCCCCGCAGGUCGACACCAACAUCCUCUUCUUCCGCGCGCGCAGCGUCCCCGAGCUCGACGCCAAGAAGCGCGGCUGGCACAAGGACUUCAUCGACACCCGCCAGCAGCGUCUCGAGACGGAGCGCGCCGCCGCCGCCGGUGCCUCGCAUCCCUUUUACAAGCCCAAGCUUGCCGAAAACGGCACCCUCUACGACGUCUACGCCAAGCCCGCUGGGCAUGCUGAUGACGACGCCUUCUUCGCGGAGAGCAGCGACCUGUACAGAGGCUUCGCCGCCGGCAUGGCCGAGCUCGAGACGCUGCUGGUCCUGCCUUACGCCGCGGGCGCGUCGCUCAGCGAGGCCGACUUUCAUGUGAUUCCGUGGCUGGCGCAUGCCAUGGUGGCCGCCGAGUCUGACAUCCACCAGGUGCAAGACUUCAGCACGCUGGAAAAAGUCCUCGCCGAGUCUGUGCCUGGAUUCAAGGUUGGCCCGCGCACGCGAGCAUGGUGGAAGACGGUGGCGGAGGAGGCUUCGUUUCAGAAAGUCUUUCCGCAGCUUCACUAG